AUGUGGAAUUUUGCGUUGCUAGAUACAUGCGGUAUUUCAUAUCAAAAAAAUGUGUCCGGUAUAUUCAUCCAGGUGCGUAAUGCCACUAAAAGAGCUGCCGGUUCGAGAACAAGCAUGAAAGACUCUGCAGGUAGAAGACUAGGCCCGAAGAGGUAUGAAGGCCAAGACGUUUCUACUGGUGAAAUAAUUAUGAGACAGAGAGGAACGAAGUUCUAUCCGGGGGAAAAUGUUGGCAUAGGGAAGGAUCAUACCAUAUUCGCCUUGGAACCUGGUGUUGUUCGUUACUAUCUUGAUCCCUUUCAUCCAAAGAGAAAAUUUAUUGGUGUAGCUUUAAGUCGCGAUUUAAAAUUGCCAUCUCCUCAUUUUGAGCCAACCUCGAGGAGAUUUGGCCAUUUUGAACUAACUAAUAGAAGGGCAGCUUCCAAGGAAGAGAAAUCUAUAUCUAGAAGUGAUUACUUGGCGAAACCUGAUAUUAUAAAACGCUUGGAAGGUAGAGAGUUCAAAAGAAGAGAACUACAGAAGAAACUGAGUAAAGUUCUUCUGGAAGAACUUAAGCUGGAUAUAAAGGAUAUGGAUUUAGCAACAUCAUAUUUAACUCGCGUAAGGGCUUCUUUGAAGAAUGGAUUCCCUUUUGAAGAUGCAAAGUUUAACAGCAAAUACUAUUUGAAAACAGAAGAGCGUUUAAAAGCAAAGAGAGAGAAUUGGACAAACGAGAAGUUGACAGAAAGUCUGUCCGAGAUUGAAAAGUGUAGCGACCUUUUGGAUUCGUCAACUUCUUUCAAUAAUAAGCUAGAAUUAGGCAAGUAUGUCUCUGAACAAGAGAAACAAGCUUUGAAGAUGAAACUAAUAGAGGAUCUAGAAAAAUACCAACGCCUGGAAACCAAGAAAGAUAGAGAUGCCAUCAAGGCACUUUUCAAGGACGCUUGUGAUGUCCUGACUUUAUCUGAAGAGGUACAUUUGCGUAGAAAAUAUUUAAAGCCGGUCUUCCCUGAGACAGAUAGCACCAUUGACUCUAAAAUUGGAAAGAAGUCAAUUGUGUUUAGACGUUUUGACUAUAUCAAGAAUAAAGUUCAAGUUGUUGCUAGAAGCAAACAAGCCUUCUUGAGCAAGCUUUGA